UAAGCACUCCAGUCUUCAUCGAUAAGUCCUGAUUGAAGUAUGACUGCGGACUUCAUCAGGCAACCGGCAGACACUUGAAAUCGCUGGAAAUAGAACCGUCUUGGUACAGACCGGAUCUGAAUAUGUAGCUUUCGAGUGGUUUGCACCGUAGGAUUUCUGCCUCAUUGAUUGGCUGUAAACAAUAUGCUAAUCGCUCGUGGAUUCUGGAGCCGGGCAGACCGUGGUAAAGGCCGGACAACGGGCCAUAGCUCGGCGACUGUAUGGAAGGGAAUGGGCACCCGGAGCUGGACUAGCUCGCCAGUGGCCCCUAUCCCCACUCUCCUUGUCGUAGCAGUCACAGGGAUCAUAUGGAAAACAGUGGAUGGGUCGUUUGGUAGAUCUUCGAACUGUCGUGUAGACUCGUGUUGGAACCAGUACAACACAGCCAUAGAAGCAAUGCUGGAUUACCCCAACUCCUUUAAUAACCUCACCCCCAACCAGAUAAAGUGCAUACCUCUACGGACCUAUAUGAGCUGCAUCCGAAACGUGUCACGGGGUUGUUUUGGAAAUAUUAAUUACCACGGUGUCAAGGAAGGUGUUCACAACAAAAUGGCUCAACAAAACUGCAGCACCCGGGGCAUAAUAUACGACCCUAGGCUCCACGGAAGCCCCGUCCACCCGUUACCCAAACCGGGGUCCCCUUGUGGCUACGACGGCCCGCCUGUCUAUAAACACUGUGGUCUUUUUGGAGACCCUCACUUGAAAACUUUUAGUAACGAAUUCCAAACGUGUAAAGUACGUGGGGCCUGGCCCUUAAUAAACAACAAACACUUGACGGUGCAAGUGACCAACGACCCUGUCGGAAAUGCAGGGAGAGCAACAGCUACGAGCAAGUUAACUGUGGUGAUUAAGAGGAAUGAUGAAUGUGCGGCGAAUCGGUUUGUUACCUAUCAAGCUCAGACCGAUCAUUUACCUGGGACGUUUGAUGAAGGGAGAACACAUUAUGGACAGGACAAAACUGUUCGACUUGUGGAGAAAGAUCCUGGCAAACACGUAGAAAUCUACAUCAGCUACAUCGAUACCACUGUGAUUGUGCGACAGAUCGGACGAUAUUUUACCUUCUCUAUUAACAUGCCAGAGAAGAUUUUAAAUGAAACACGCCUACCUUAUUCUGCAUCGUCCAAACUCCAGCUAUGUGUGGACGGAUGUCCAGCAAAAGAACGCUUUGAUUAUCAGGCCUUUUUAUCUCAAAAAUACAGCAAAUUAAAAUCGGAACUUGUUGGCAGUGUGACGGCCAUGUCUAGGGACGAUGCUACAGAGCUGUGUCGAGAAGCUGGUGUCAUCGAUUUUUAUUUUGAUUCUUGUGUCUUUGAUUUGAUGACAACAGGAGAUACAAACUUCACAAUAGCAGCUAACACUGCGUAUAAUGAUGUGUUACGCUUGGACCCAAAUGUUGAUAAAAUUUUAGAAAAAAGGCAAAAUCUUAGUCAUUUGCAAAUUAUGGUGCCGUCAGAGGGCGCCAGGACUAGUGGCUCAUGGACGGGCUUGACACUGAUGGCGCUGAUCAUCUCCCUUUAUUGCCUUGGUCUCCAUGGCAACAAGCUGCUAUGACCUCUGUGGUAACACAGGGGUGUGCCCUUUUGUGCAGGGUUCCCCUGUCCUGAGAGGUGUGGAUUUACAGCUGUUAGUAUGUGUAUGGGAUGUUAUUCUUAAGCCUAUGUGUGGGUGAUGAGUGGAAGAUCCUACUCAUCAGGAAGUGAACAAUGCUCGAACAGGAUGUUACUCUGUGAAAGAUUGCAUUCUGGGAAAUCCGUGAACUCCUGAAGGUCUGUCUGGGUCAAAACGGAAAAUUCCUCUGAACUAAACAGGGAUGAAUGUGAUAUAUAGAGAGGAAGCACAAGAUUAUUCACUGUUAUUCACUGUGAAGGAAUGUGACAAAAUGGUUUGUGACACAUGUUGUAUUUGUGACACACAUAUUCUUUCAGUUUGUGACACAAUUUUGACUAGGCAUAUUGGGGACGGCUAACUUUGUUAAUAAGUUUCCAGGGAUAGACUUUUGUCUUGUCCCUCCCCAUCGCAUUGACUGGAUGAGCCAGGUUGUGUCCGACAUCAUUUAAGUGUAUAUUAAUGCUGGGUCUGGUACCCAAAACAUGCACAGAACUGUACAAGGUUUUCUAUUUGCUAUCUUUGGAGAGGUUAUUUGUAUUGACCAGUCAUGGGAAAAAUUUCUCUAAGCAAUGUGAUCAAAUUAUCAAUUAUUAAGGUUACAUGUUAGAAUGAAAUUAUUUCUACUAUUAAUAUAGUAACUGGGUCAGAUUUAAGAAGUUAAAGGAUGUUAAUGAAUGCCUCUUUAGGCAAAAGUUAAUUUAUGUUUCAUUACUAUUAAUGGUUUAAUGGUAAAUUUACUUGGUACUUAAAAAGUUUUAUUUAAAUAUGCUAUAUUUGUGUUUAGGAAAAAAGAAUAACACAAGUUUAUUACCGAUUAUCAUACAAAAUAUUUCUUCCAUAGAAAGCAGCAAACUUGACUUGUCACUUGAAUUCACACAGAAAUUAAAAAAUGAAGUCUGGUCAGUGAAGUGAAGGUUUUGGACAUCAUCAUACUAUGUUGACCAUGUGUUCAGUUGAUAUAUAGUAAGUACAUGUUCUCAUAUUCAAACUACAAAUAGCAGGAUUUCCCAGCCAAAACUUCUCAGAUUGAAAAUCUGUUGUGAUGUACCCUUCAUUGAGAAUAACGAGAAUAGACUCACCAGCUAAAGCUGUGCCCCAACACUUAGUCAGGAAGGGGGGCAAUGUGGUGUAAGGUUCAGAAGGAAGGCAUGCUCAUCUACUCUACCCCGCUCUCCCACCACCACAGUCUUCAAACAUCCCACACCUGUGCAGCAGAGAUAUCACUCAUAACUUUGUACUGAGUUUUACCCCCUACUUCUUUCGAGUUCACAGGUGUUGCUCCACAUAACAUAGAAAAUCGGCAUUCUUCUUAAACUUCCAGGCUUAAUUUAUCAAUAUCAAUAAAUCUGUAUACAUAAUCAUUGUUAUAUUAUCAGGAAGUGAAAUUCAUUUUUCAUAUUCCAUUUCUGACAUAUUUGUUUUUAAUUAAACCUUUUUGAAGCACAAAAAAGCAAUUUAAUUUGGAAUGUAUGGAAAUGAAUCAUUUACAAAAUGAUCUGAAAAAGAGUAACAAAGCAGCACCAUGCUAUCAUCUGUGGGAAAGACUAAGCAUUUUGUAAAAUAAUUAACUUAAAAGUUUGCUGUAAUGCAGCUCAUUGCUGUUCGGUGUAAAUUUAAGAGCUACAAGUCAAACACAAAUGGUUGCAUGAUCAACACCAUUGGUGGUGUCUUCAGGAACAAAUAAUGUAUCAGUUUGUAAAGUUCAGUUUAGUACAAAAUCUCAAAACCAACUGAUUUCUGGGGGAUUAAUCUUUUCACCCAUAACAAUAAAGUAGGCUGCUGUCAUAAUUUUCUGCUAUCACAACAGAUACAGGUUUGGUUACUAGCUAUGGUCAGUUGUAUUGUUCACAGUUGUUAAACAUAUGAAUGCUAUCUUUCUGAGGCAGAUUUCGUAACAACCGGUAUUUAAGUUUGAUAUCAGUUGAUCUUUCUUCUCUCAGUGGGUGUUUGAAGUCCCGUACUGUAUCCAUAAUAAUGCGUUUUUGCAUCCCUGUGAUGAAGAAGGAUCAGGUUAGCAUGUUUAAAACAGUAACCAGGCUGAUGUGGCCAAUUAAAUGGCCUCCGAGGAUGGGUCAAUUUCAGCCAAUCAGCAAAGUGCUUCUGUUUGGCCAGUUGUUGGUAGAUUUCCUGAUGACAAAAAGACAAUCGAAAAUAGUCAUUCUGUGAAUGACUUUUAAUAUUCUGACUUGCCAGUACCACGCAGUCUAGAUUUACAAGGUGUAAAUUUUUGUAUAUUAAAUCUAGGUAAAAAAUACAGAACAUAACAUUUCA